AGCAGAAACAGAAAGGAAAACGUAAUCGUCAGCGGCACAAAUAGCAGCAAUAAGAAAACUUUUGCUGAUGUUUCAAUUAAAUACAGUGCGUGAAGAGACGGGAAAACAGGAGAAACCGGAAACUAAACUAAAAUAGAAAUAAAAGAAGGCGAACACGAGGAGGCAAAUACAAAUAGACAGCCAGGAUAUAACAUGUAAAUGCGACAGUGCCUAUGUGGGCGAACGCUUAAUAGGAAAAGCAAAUAGCAACGAGCUCGUGGAAAAUAAAUAUAAAUAAACCAGCAGCAACAAAACAGGCAAGAAAAGGAAAAGCGACAAGAAAAGCAAUUGGUUGACGCUUUCCCUCGUUGCGGUCAAGGGAAAUUUAUUGCAUUGCACAAAUGAGACAAGAGGAAAACGCAAACGAAGCAAAAGCAAACAUAGAAGCUCGCACGCGGACAUGGACAUGAAAAAUAACCAAAAAUUCCUCAACAAAUUGAAAAAUUAAAGUUUCAUCCCGAAAAAGUUGCGGCGAACGAGAAAUAGUGAAAAAAAACAUGGAUCCUGCAAUAUACAGAAAAUAUAACAUUGGCCAUGGCAUCCUCGCCUGGUUGAUUUUCCAACUUUGCUACGAGUUCGCGGAAUGCCUGACAAUGACCGAGAUCAAAAUUCCCAAGCACAUUAUGCGCCACGAGGAUGCCGUUCUCGGCUGCAAGUUCGAUCUGGACGGAGAGUUGUACUCGGUGAAGUGGUAUAAGGAUGGGUUCGAGUUCUAUCGCUAUGUGCCCAGGGAUAUGCCACCCGGACAGGUCUUUCCAUUACCCGGAGUCGAUGUUGAGUUGCAAAACUCGACGGACGUCGUUGUUGUCCUGCGCUCAGUUAGCCUUCAGUCAACUGGCCGAUAUCGCUGCGAAGUGUCCGGCGAGGCGCCUUCGUUUCAGACAGUUUCCGGUCACGAGGACAUGAUUGUUGUGGUGACUCCAAAGCAUGGACCACAAAUCACGGGCGGACAGCCUCGCUAUCAAAUUGGCGACAUGGUGCGCGUCAAUUGCACCUCGGCGGCCUCUAAGCCCGUCUGCCAUCUCAGUUGGCUGAUUAACGGGAUGCAUGCGAAUCGAUCCUUGCUACGACCCUACGAGCCCCUCAUUGUGGGACGAGAGGGACUGGAGGUUGCCCGGCUAGGACUCGAGUUCCGGGUGCGAGGAUGACAUUUCAAGCACGGCGACAUGAAGCUAAAGUGUGUCGCCAAAAUCUCCUCCGUGUACUGGCAGAGCAACGAGGAGAGUGUGGAGAGCGACAAGCACCAAAGGAUCCCGGUUCUAGAGUCGCGGGAAACGGUCAUGUCCAAGUCCCGCCAGUCCCUGGACAAGGUGCAGUCAUCGCUAGAAGAUAAACAACUGAAGAAGAGCCGACGCCCCGCAGCGGCAACUUCAGCGGCAGCAGCAGCCGCAGCAGCAGCGGCAGCGGCAGGAGCGGCAACAUCCUCCAGUGCAUCCACAUUUGGGUGGAGCUCAUCGGUGCCCUGGUCACGCAUAUUAGCUUCCAAAUCAAUUGCACGCAUUUCCCUCUACGCGCUGCCAGUCUUAAUAGCGUUUCUGUGUAGCUCAUCACCCGUCGUGGGGAGUUGCUGUCAGAGGAGCAGCAUCAGCAGCAGGAGCACCAGGAUCAGGGGCAACAGCAACACCGAGGGUAUCAGGCACACAAGCAACACAAACAGGAGCCGCCUGUCGAACCAAUUAAGUGGCAAGGAUGCUGCUCAGCGGAGAUAACAAUUAACCGAGAGGUUUGGCGUCAAAAGGCCCGGCAACUUGGCCUAAAAAUCAUCAUCAUCAGUUUCGGUCUGUGUGUGUAUA